ACUGUUACUGUCGCUCUCAUGCCCCUGUGCUAGCGCCCUGCCCUCUCUGCUCCCUGUCCCCAUCAGCCUCACGCUCGCCUCUAUCCCCCCGGCCCCCGCUCACCUCCUACUCAUACAGGCCGCUUCACCCCGCCCCCCUCCCCGUCUCAGCCCGCGGCUGGACUCUCCGGUCCCCAUCAUCCUGUAUCACUUCUCCCGCCUCCCCCUCCUCAUCAUCAGGCGAGCCCCCUCACGCGUCCCCGCUCCCCGGCUGUGUGUGGCUGGGAGCGGCCGGGCUCUGCCCCGGGGCGGGGCUGCAGUACAGCACACAGCGCUCGCUGGCCGGGCCUGAGAGGAGGAGAGAGCCGCACUCGCUGACAUACAGCAGCCUCCUCCGGACCCGCACACCGACAGUCCCGCUGCCAGCACAUCUAACGGUUGCAAAUAUGGAGGCAAUGGACAAAGCAGUAAAUGGAUAUAUAGAUAACUUGCUUGGACCUAGAGACCCACGAGUGAAGGGAUGGCUACUCAUGGAUAAUUACAUCCCCACAUUUAUUUCCACUUUCCUGUAUUUAUUUAUUGUAUGGAUAGGCCCAAAGUACAUGCAAAACAGACAACCCGUUUCAUGCCGAGGGAUACUAGUGGUUUAUAACACUGGGCUUACACUGCUCUCACUGUACAUGUUUUAUGAGCUUGUAACAGGUGUAUGGGAAGGAAGCUACAACUUUUUCUGCCAGGAUACUCAUAGUGGAGGAGAUGCAGACAUGAAGAUAGUUCGAGUCUUGUGGUGGUACUACUUUUCCAAACUCAUUGAAUUCAUGGAUACUUUCUUCUUCAUACUCCGCAAAAACAACCACCAAAUGACCGUCCUACAUGUUUACCACCAUGCGUCCAUGCUUAAUAUUUGGUGGUUUGUUAUGAAUUGGGUACCCUGUGGACACUCUUACUUUGGUGCAACACUCAAUAGCUUUAUUCAUGUCCUGAUGUAUUCCUACUACGGACUCUCAGCUAUUCCGUCCUUGCGUCCCUAUUUGUGGUGGAAGAAAUAUAUCACUCAGUGCCAACUGACUCAGUUUGUCCUGACCAUGACUCAGACCAGCUGUGCGAUGGUAUGGCGCUGUGCAUUUCCCAUGGGAUGGCUGUAUUUCCAGAAUGGCUAUAUGAUCUCUCUCAUCAUCCUCUUCACCAAUUUCUACAUUCAGACUUACAACAAGAAAACCUCUUCGCGAAGGAAAGAUUACCAGAAUGGCUCAGCGAGCGCAGUGAAUGGACACACAAAUGGCUUUUCUUCCCUGGAAGACAAUAUCAAGCAGCGUAAACAAAGAAGGGAUUGAUCAGAAAAUCCAGCCACCUUUUCACUAUGCCAGAUGAUACAACAUCAAAUUGAAAGCGUAGUAUAAUCUGUGCACUGACACCAUUACAGCUACAGUAACUAUUCCUAAUGAAUAUAAUGUGAUUAACAUAGUCCUAAAUAAAUUCCACUCAUCCUAGAAAUGCCACAGAAACAUUACAAUUGCUUACCAACCUAGCAGUAGAUAAUGUUUUAGUCCUGCCAGCUAAAUCAGGCUUAAGCAACCUGUGAUUCCAGACAAGCCUCAGCAUGCCCUGCUACUACCAACAAAUCCCUUCAAGCUCUGCCAGCUUAUGGUGUUCCUGUGUGAUUCUGGCAAGGUAUGAUGGGACUUGCAGAGGAACAGCAUCUGGAGAGUCACUGGUUGCAAUCCUCUGCUCUAGACCAUAAUGCACUUACUCCCUAUCCCUUUAAACCACAUUAUCCAAAAUGGAAUCCAGAUUUGUGGAGGGUGGCAUUUGCCAUCAGUAAUACAGCCUGGGAUUAUUCCAAAGUGUAUCUGUAUAUUAGUUUUGAAAAUUAGUCCAUAUGUUUCAUUUUCGUAUCACUUUUUAGAUAAGCAACUCCCUAUAUUCUGCAUACCUCACAGUUUUCUGUACCUCUUUCUAAGUGUCCUUCAUGAGAUAGAACAUGGUAACAAUUAGACUCCAUCAAGUAACAUACUAUCUCAGGACUGUGUGUGGUGUUUAUCAAAUGUGAGCUAGCUUGGUCAUUUUUCAUUUAGAGAGUGCAUAAGGUUAUAGUUUGACACAAACUAUCAGUUCCACAUUUAAUUUAAGAUUGAGGGCCUACAGUAGAAUAGAGACAGAGGCUGAAAAGAGCAUUCCCUUAAAGAGAAGCAGCAUACUUCCUAUAUAUGUGGAAGCACUUGCCUUUAGUUAUAUUGCUAGAUAUAUAGAGAGCCCUGAACACUAAUGGCGGCUGCAUAGCCUCUCUUAGUGCCCCAGAAUGUUCACCAGUGUAGCAGAUCACUUUGUCACUGCCCUGGGUAAAGUGUGGUAUUGUGCCCUUGAUAUUGACUAUGGAUACAAAGUAUUAUUGUAGUUAUAGAACACUGCUGUUGCCUUACUAGUUUCAUAUUAUAGGUGCUGACUAGCAAUUUAUAGUUACCAAGAAUUAGAAUUUGAUUUUCUAAUGCAGGAUACCAGUGUAUUUGUACUUGCCAUUUGAAUGAACUGCCUUAAUAAGAUAGCAUUUAGGUAAUAGGACCCAUAACUUCCUAUAGGUUAGGGGGAAAAAAUCUGAUUUUUAGUAGAGAUAGUUUUCUUAUACGUUAUUUGUAUUAUACCUACAUUACCUGCACACCGUGGGGACAGCAAUUUUGUGGGUUGAACAGAUAUUCUUUUCUCAUCAGUUCACUAGUAACCAAUAUUCUGUCUCAUUAAUUGACUAGUCUGUCUCAUCAUUUCACUAGUAUACAAUAGUCUGAUUUAUCACUUCACUAAUAACCGAUAUUCUCUCAUUGAUCCACUGAAAACCAAUGUUCCGUUUUACCUUUUCACUAGGAAACAAUAUUUUGUUUUAUCAACUCACUAGUAACAAAUAGCCUGUCCCACCAAUUCACUAGCAACUAAUACUAUACAAUUGUCUUCUUUAUUGGUUUAAAAAAUAUUCUAUUUUAGCAAUUUACUAGUGACUUAAGUUUUGUAUUAUCUACCCACCAGUAACAGUGACAUCACUGUUACGUAACGCACAAAGUGAUGUCCUAUUAAAUUGUUGGUUCUUCCCACAAAAUAUCUGUUUCUACUCUGUGAAGGCAACAUGUACUCUUUAUUUGGGGGAUGACUGCAAAAUAGUAAAAUUACUUGCAGAUGAAAGUUUUAAUUUAGUGUUAUUUAAUUUUAGUGAAGAGUGUGUUUGCUUCCCUGUUGAGUAACCCUAAUUGUUUUUAUUGUAUCACAGUUUUGUAUUCUGUUUGAAUUGUGCUUAAGCUACUUGUUUGUAUAAUUCAUGUUCAGAUUUUGCACUCAAGGGAAGCUUAUGGCCUAAACCAUACAGGUAUAUAUUUGGGUGCUCAAACGUAUAUGGAUUCCCAUGGCAUAGACACCUAGAAAAAACUUGUCCGUCAACAUAUGGAGUUUUUUCCAACUUUAUGGACUUGUUAACAAAAUGCCCUACAGAAGCCUGCUGCCUGUCCCCAGCACUAAAUACAUGAACUAUUUUACUCCAUAGCACGUCUGCCUCCUUGAGGCUACAUGCGGCACUGUAAUAAUAUCCUUGAUGGACAUCAGAAUUUGAUCACUGUCUAACCUGUUAUGUCCAUUUUACCUAUUGUGCAUUUGUUUCAUACACACUGUGGACGCCGCCAUAGGGCAUGAAUGAAUAAUCGUGAGGUUGCAGCUUGCCAAUUCACUAUGAACCAAUGACAUCGCUGACAGUUUGUGGGAUUGGCGUUAGAUCGUUGGGCAAAGAGAGACAUAAGAAUGAAACGUUACUUUAGUGAAAUCACUUGUUCAUGGUGUUUUAAUAGGCUAAAGUCUAGUAUAUAUUAGUACAGUUGUUAUAAUACCUGCCUCCGCUAUGAAGGCAACAGGUGCAUCUUAAAACAUGUUAACUUUCGCUGCUGAAUUAAGAUUUUGUCUUUGUAUAGUAGCAGUAUAUUUUGACCUAGUUUUUUAUUUUAUUUCUUUGUCAACUCAGUGCAAUAAGGGAGGACCAGACAUGUAUGUCAUAGUUCCUGCAGUGAGCAACUUAGUCCUAAUGAUGCCAAGGAAGUUGUAUGAACGCAUUUGUGUUUUUCAGUUCUUUAGUUGCCUAACGUCCACCACUGGCAAAGUCAUUUAUACAUUAAUACACAUGUCAGAUGUGUCUGUUAAUAUAUUAAAAACAUGAAAAUAUA